AUGCUUCCACUCACUCUCUUACACACAGCAGCAGGACAUCCUAUGCUUGUUGAAUUAAAAAGUGGUGAAACUUUCAAUGGACAUUUAGUUAAUUGCGAUAAUUGGAUGAAUUUGACCUUGCGUGAAGUUAUUCAAACAUCUCCUGAUGGUGAUAAAUUUUGGAAGUUACCUGAAUGUUAUAUCAGAGGCAACACGAUCAAAUACUUGAACGUACCCGAGGAGAUUGUCGACAUGGUCAAGGAGGACGAGAGUAGACAAAGACACCAAUCCGGUCGUGGGCGUGGACGUGGUGGAGGAAAUUACAACAACAGAGGAAACAGAGGUGGACGUGGACAACACCGUGGACGCGGUAAUAGCAACGUUGGCACUGUCAUUGGUGCUCGAGGUGGAAAUCAACAGUAA